AUGUGUAGCCGUGGUCAUUGGAGGCCGACUGAGGACCAAAAGUUGCGGCAACUUGUCCAACAAUACGGUCCUCAUAAUUGGAACGCUAUUGCCGAGAAGCUCCAAGGCAGAUCAGGUAAAAGUUGUAGGUUAAGAUGGUUCAACCAACUAGACCCAAAGAUAAACCGAAGUCCAUUCACGGAGGAAGAAGAGGAACGACUUCUAGCAUAUCAUCGAGAAUUUGGAAACCGAUGGGCUAACAUUGCAAAGCUUUUCCCUGGUCGAACUGAUAAUGCAGUGAAGAACCAUUGGCAUGUGAUCAUGGCUCGAAAGGUCCGUGAAAAGUCCACAAGGAUGCAUAGGAAAACCACUUCUACUCCUGCUAUUGAUCAUCAUGCAUUAUUUGCACAAAAUAGAUAUCAAUACACUAAUUUCCCUUUUGAGCUUUCGAGAAAUCUUGCAUCUCAUCUACAACUCUCCAAGAAUAUUUUGGCGGUUCAUCAAUUCAAGAUUGAUGAAGAUAAAAGAGACCGGUUCGUGGAGUUUUACAACUUCCUCCCUGUAAAUACGGAGUCUAAUGGGAGUGAAGUUAUUGAUCAUCAUCAGAGAAAAGACGAGGUCGAGGUAGAGCAAGAAACUACUACUCAUCUACAAGGAAGAGACGACAUUACUACUGUACCAUUCAUAGAUUUUUUAUCAGUGGAUUAA